AUGGACCUGAGGAGCAACACUAUUAUUGACAUACAGCUGGUUCAGACCAAUGAAAUCCAGAAGUUCCUGAGGGAGGCCAAAGUGACACAGUACUACGAUGUCUGGCACAUGGAAAAAGGACUGUCCAAGAAACUGGUCAAGAUAGCCCAGAACAAAGAUUGCGCAAAGCUGAAGAAGUGGCUUCGCAGCAUAAAGAACCAUGUGUACUGGACAGCAGCCUCCUCUACGUCAGGGCCAGAGAGAGUGGCUAAGUGGACCUCCAUUCUUAACCAUGUCCAAGACAUCCACACACAUCAAGAUCCUGCUUUCCCCCAGUGCUUGCAUCUGCAGCGCACCUCAAGAGACAAGAGCAAAUGGUUGACAGCAAGAACACCAGCUUUCUGCAGGCUAGAAAAGGCGUUGACUAAUAAGAGAAUUCUGAAAGAAUUCUAUCAGACCUCAUCGCUGGAGGCAUUUCACAGCGUCAUUCUGCGGUUUGCACCCAAGAAUGUUGUCUUCCCCUACCUUGGAAUGUUAUGCAGACUCUACCUGGCUGCCCUGCAUUACAAUGAAAAUACUGGCCGACCACAGGCAACAUCUACAAGUGGAGAGCUGCUGUACAGAUUCAACUUCCCCAAAUCUAAACAUGGAGAAUGCACCGCAAAGCCUGUGAAAGCAGAGCCAACAUUCCACUACGUUGAUGCACUGUUGGACCUGAUCUUCGAGAAGGUUUUCCAGGACCCUGCCCCAUAUGUGAACGAGGUGCUGAAAAUUACAAUCCCUGAAGACCUCUCUACUCAGUAUGAAAGACCUGACAAGCUGGACGUUAUAGCCAGUUACGUGUCAAGGUUCAACCAAGGACAGGUCUGAACCCAACAUACUGUCCUUCUGCGUUAGGGAACUCUGCACGAAUCCUCAGCACCACGCAGGCAGGCAGCACAACUCUCACUCUCUGCCCCAGA